GGUUAAAAAUUGGGCAACAAAACUUGGAGGAGAGCUAUGGCACUUUGGCGACCUAGUUACUCGGCAAAACAGAGUACGAGACAGCUUCAAAGAAACUAAUUUGGUAGUUGAAGAUGGAGAAGCCCUACUGCAAACUAUCCAUGAAAAUAUUUCCCAUAUGAUGAAACAAAAAGUUGAUGCAGUAAGAAGAAUAAUGGAUCAAGCAGAACAAAUUGCUCAAGCUCAAAAAGAAACCGAUAUCGAUUUCGAUUUUCCAUUUUUUAAUGCCAAAAAUUUGACUAACUCGUUGGACAAUACUACUGAAGAAACAACAAAAGAACCUGAACCUGAAGAACUUCAGGAUGAUUCAUUUAUAUCUAGCCGUUAUCAAGAUCAGCCAUAUAGCCAACCAUUACUCCAACAGGAAGAUUUUGAUGGAUAUCUAAGAGAUGAAGAUACGGAAUCAUCUGAGGAGCCUUCUUCCAAGGAUGAAGAUUUACUUGAUGCAGAUUUAGAGGUGACUGAUAAUACAGACAAAAGUUCUUAAAGCUAUUUUAAAUAAAAAGAAAUAGAAAUGGCGGUCUAGCGAUGAGGAACCAAUGGUGACAUAGUAACGUAUUGAAAGAGCCAAAGAAGUAAUUGCUGGUAUUAAAUGGUCAGAAGAAUUGGACAAAACAUUUAGAUCUAACUAUGAAAUAGAUCCAACUUUAUCGUGGCAAUAUUUUGGAAGCUCAACUGGAUUUAUGAGGCAAUACCCUGCAAUGAUUUGGUCCCAAGAACCAAUAGAUCUCUUUGACUGUCGUACGAGAUCAUGGUACAUUGAAGCAGCAUCAUCACCAAAAGAUGUAGUAAUUCUAGUAGAUAGAUCUGGAUCUAUGACUGGAAUGAGAAGAGAAAUUGCACGACAUGUAGUGCAUAAUGUACUUGACACUCUUGGAAAUAAUGAUUACGUGAAUAUCUAUACUUUUAGUAAUACCACUGAACCGUUAGUUGAAUGCUUCGAGGGACAGCUUGUUCAGGCAAAUUUGGCGAAUGUACGGGUGCUGAAGGAAAGUAUGACCAAUUUUAAAACAGAACAGAUAGCAAACUUUUCUUUGGCUCUAGUGACAGCUUUCGAGUUACUUGAAGAAUAUAGACUAAAUAAAAAGAGUGCCAGAUGUAAUCAAGCAAUCAUGCUCGUCACUGAUGGCGUUCAGUACAACUACAAAGAAAUUUUUGAGAAAUAUAAUUGGGAAAAUUUACCAUUUAUGAAUGUAAGAGUGUUUACAUAUCUCAUAGGAAGGGAAGUCUCUGAUGUAAGGGAAGUUAAGUGGAUGGCCUGCGCAAAUCAAGGUUAUUACGUGCAUCUUAGUACCUACGCGGAAGUUCGGGAAGAAGUACUCAACUAUAUUCCAGUAAUGGCUCGACCAAUGGUUUUAAACCCGACACAAAAACCCAAUCCUACCUGGAGUCCGGUCUACGCUGAUGUUACUGACCCAAAACUAACAAACUGGCUUUGGGUUAAUCGCGAAAGAAAUAGGCAAAGAGAACGGUUUAUGGGAUAUAGGAAGUUAAAGCAUAUGCUUUCUUCAGGUCAUCUCGAUAGAACAUUUGUACACCAGCAGAAGUCGCAUCAAGAUAAUUACGGCGACACUCAGGUCUACCAUCUUAUGACAUCAGUUUCACUACCAGUAUACGAUAAAAAACCUCGACAGGAGAGAGUUGCGAACUUAUUGGGAGUUGCUGGAACGGAUAUUCCUAUUGAAUACAUCCAGAGACUUAUGAUUCCAUAUAGGCUCGGGGUGAAUGGCUAUGCCUUUAUUGUAACCAAUAAUGGUUAUGUUUUAACGCAUCCAGAUCUUAGGCCAGUGUAUCAAGGAAUAUUGAAACCAGCCUACAACAGAGUCGAUAUGAUUGAAAUUGAAAUUAUAGAUGAUGACUCUGACGCUAGAAAUUUUAGCGAUAAAAUUCGUGAUUUUAGAAGGCACGUUGUAAUGCAAAAUACUGGAAAUAUUACUUUGGAUGUGAAAAGUCAUUUGGAUGACAUGAGACGCAUUACGUUUAUGACUAGAGACUAUUACUAUAGAGGUAUAAAUGGUACACCUUUCAGUCUUGUCAUAUCACUUCCAAAGAAAUAUGGUUAUGCUCGAGUUGAGCCCAAAGUUGAAAACGACAUUCAUCGUUUAACUUUGUCUCAACCGCCCGAUAAAAAACCACUUUUGCGGUAUUUUGCUGGAAAUUGGACCAUUCACCCUGACUGGCAUUAUUGUCGAUACCGAGACAAUAAGAAACAUUUUGAUAACCCCGAGGAAGAGUUGGUCUUCUUCCUUCAAAUGAUGGAGAGACAUGGUUGGAAAUGGUCGAAAGAAUCGGAGUGUGACAGAAAAUUGGUUUGCCAGGUGGUAUCCGACGCGAAGUUAACUGAUUGGUUUAAUGAUAAUAUAACUACGACCAGUAGAGAAGAAAAUGGGGAUGGAGGUAAAGAUGGAUAUGAAUUCAAGGAAAUAUUAGAUUUUUUUGAGUUGUGCAAAUGUUGUAAGUGCUCAUGUAAUAAUUCUUUUACAUGCAGAGCGGAACUGGUUAAAAAGAUUGGAAUUGUGGUGGCAUUUAUGGCUACGCACAGUGGUCUCACAAGGUGGCAGAACUUUCCACAAAAUAUUGAAUCUCCCGAACAGGAACCAAACUUUCACAUUCUUCACAAUAAAGCUAUUGAUGAAGUUUGGUACCGGCGUGCUGUUGAACAUCAUUAUGUGGACCCUCAGGACUUUAUCUACUCUGUUCCUCAUUACACAGGAAACUCCAGUUUAAGCUUGGUUACUGUUAGCCGAGCUAUUUUUAAAGAAGAACAAGGAAAGAAGGCUCCAGUCGCUGUCGUUGGAUAUCAAUUCUUCCAUGGAGCACUGCAAUCCCUUUUUACUCAAAUCACUAGUAAUUGUGGUACUAUCCCGUGUACAAGAACAUGUUCUUCUCAAGAACUUCACUGUUUAGUCCUUGACGACAACGGUUAUGUAAUCGUCAGUGACAAUCCUAAAGAAACCGGUUUUUUCUUCGGAAAAAUUAUGCCGGACGUAAUGAAUCAACUAAUAGAUGAAAAAAUCUAUAAAGUAACUACUAUGUAUGAUUAUCAAGGAUUGUGUGCUGAAGGACAAGAAACAGAAAGUCCGGCUUCCAGAUUAUUAUCGCCAAUUGUUCAUCUUUCCAACCUGUUCAGCUACUUAACUGGGUAUUUGAUUUUCCUCACCAAAACCAUCCUGGGCUCACAAAUUGAAGCUUAUCCUUCAGAGCAUUUCCAAGAAACCCACUUCGAGGUUAUGGAUGAACACGAAUAUGCUGCUCAUAAUCAUGAAAACGACCAAUAUGAAGAAAUGCCUUUAAGUGAUAAGGAGUUUGUUCAAAAAUUUGCUUUGCAAAUGACAAAACCAGAACCGUGUGAUACGCAAAUGGCAUUAUAUUCUUUAGUUCAUUAUUCGGAUAGGGAUAUAGCAGGCAGCGCCUAUAAUAGAACAAUGGUGGAAUGUUCAAGACCAUAUAUUGUCCAAAAAAUAUCCGGCAGUAAUAUGAUAUUGUUGGUAGUAAACAACGUUUGCUCAGGAGAACCAAAGACUACCAUAGAUACUCCUGAUCCUAUAGAAGUGGAUUAUAAUAUGUCAUUAGCUUGUUAUAGAGCUAUGUAUAACGAUUUUCCCAGAAGACACUAUAUGAGUUGCAUUAAUAGAAAUGCAAAUGAGAGCGAAAUCAAAAUAUGCGGAAAAGCUUCUUACAUAUCACCAACAAAAAUUGUACCCAUGUUAUUGUUUACUAUUUUAUCAUACAUUUUAGUAUUAUAA